UCCCUCGUGGCAGUCGGCCCGCAGCUUCCUUCGGCGGCAGCAGCGAGAGGAGCCGGGCAGCAUUGCCGGCGUGGGGUCGGGGAUGGCGAGCCCCGCCGUGCUGGCCCCCCUGAGCUCCCCGCCCGGCCCCAACCUGAACAACAACAACAACAACAACCAAGGCGUGAGGAAGUGCGGGUACCUGCGCAAACAGAAACACGGCCACAAGCGCUUUUUCGUGCUGCGGGGUCCAAGCGGUGGGGAGGAGGCGGGGGGCGCCCGGCUAGAGUACUAUGAGAACGAGAAGAAAUGGAGGAACAAGUCCGGGGCGCCCAAACGGGUGAUCGCCUUGGACUCCUGCCUCAACAUCAACAAGCGGGCGGACGCCAAGCACAAGUAUCUCAUCGCCCUCUACACCAAGGACGAGUACUUCGCUGUGGCGGCCGAGAACGAGCAAGAGCAGGAAGGCUGGUACCAGGCUUUCACUGACCUGCUGAAUGAGGGCAAGGCGGCGGCCUGCCAGGGGUCCCCACACCGCCACCUCGCCUCCCCCUUCUCCGCUUCCUGCAGCGCGGCCGCCGCCUCCCUGGCCGCCGCCGGCGAGGACCUCAAUUAUGGGCUGAUCACGCCGGCCGCCGCUGCCUACCGAGAGGUCUGGCAGGUGACACUGAAGCCCAAGGGCUUGGGGCAGAGCAAAAACCUCACAGGCGUCCAUCGGCUCUGCCUCUCGGCCCGCACCAUCGGGUUCGUGCGCCUCAACUGUGAGCUGCCCUCGGUCACGCUGCAGCUGAUGAACAUCCGCCGCUGCGGUCACUCCGACAGCUUCUUCUUCAUCGAGGUGGGGCGUUCGGCAGCCACCGGUCCCGGCGAGCUCUGGAUGCAGGCGGACGAUUCGGUGGUGGCUCAGAACAUCCACGAGACCAUCCUGGAGGCCAUGAAGGCACUGAAGGAGCUUUACGAAUUCCGGCCCCGCAGCAAGAGCCAGUCCUCAUCCUCAUCCUCCUCCGGGGGGGCUGGCGGCGUCGGCGGCAGUGGCGCCUCUGCCACUCACCCCAUCACUGUGCCCGGCCGUCGGCACCACCACCUGGUCAACCUGCCUCCCAGCCAGACCGGCCUCCUCCGGCGCUCGCGCACCGACAGCCUUGCCGCCGGUACCAAGUGCACGCCGUGCCGAGUCCGAACGGCCAGCGAGGGCGACGGCUGCCGGGUGGGCUCGGUGGCUGGCAGCCCCAUGAGCCCAGGCCCUGUGAGGACACCCCUCAGCCGCUCACACACGCUUAGCGGAGGCCGGCAAGCGGGGAAGCUACUGCCGGUGCUGGCUGGCGGCGGCCUGCCGAGCAGUCGCUCCAUGUCCAUGCCCACCUCUCACUCGCCCCCUUCCGCCACUAGCCCCAUCAGCCUCUCCUCCAGCAGCGGCCUCGGCUCCGAGCCUGUCCACCCUCAUCACCCGCAGCGCCCAUCCAGUGGCAGUGCCUCUGUCUCCGGCUCUCCCAGUGACGCCGGCUUUAUGUCCUUCGACGAGUAUGGCUCUAGUCCGGGUGGCGACCUGCGGCCCUUCUCGUCCUUUUCCACUGCCAGCAACCGCAGCAACACCCCCGAGUCGGUGCCUGAGACGCCUCCGGUGCGAGACCCCGGGGGCAGCACCGACCUCUACGGCUACAUGGCGAUGGAGAGGCCUCCGAGCGGCCGCCUGUGCUACCGGCCCUGUCCCGACGCCGCGGCCGACAGGGGCCAUCGGAAGCGGACCUACUCCCUGACCACCCCGUGCCGGCAGCGGCACGCCCAGCCGCAGGUCUCCUCCGCCUCCCUCGACGAAUACACGCUGAUGCGCGCCACCUUCGCCGGCAGCGCCGGCCGCCUCUUCCCCUCCUGCCAAGCCGGGGCUUCCCCCAAAUUCACCUACACCCCCUACCCCGAGGACUACGGGGAUAUCGAGAUCGGUUCCCACCGCAGCUCUGGCAGCAGCAGCACCAACCUGGGGCCGCCGACAGGGGGGGGAGGAGGAGAAGGAGGAGAUGAUGAUGGCUACAUGCCCAUGACCCCCGGCGUGGCUGCAGCCUUAGGGCAGGGAGGUCGGGGCGGCGAUGACUACAUGCCCAUGAGCCCCACCAGCGUGUCCGCCCCAAAGCAGAUCCUGCAGCCCCGGGCGGAGGUAGGUGGCGGGUCCCCUGGGAACGGGAGCAGCUACAAGACUAGCUCACCCGGAGAGAGCUCUCCUGACGAUAGCGGGUACAUGAGGAUGUGGUGUGGCUCCAAGCUGUCCGUGGAGAGCUCGGACGGGCGGCUAAAUAAUGGCGACUAUAUCAAUAUGUCCCCUCGGGAACCCCAGCAUGGGCCUCAGGUUCCCUCCCUCACCCCCCCGGACUUAUUUUUCUCCCCUUCGGGGCACGGGUCUGGCGAGCCCCCCAAGUCCGGUUGCUAUUCGUACAGCUCCUUACCGCGCUCUUACAAGAGCCAGGGGCCGGCAAAGGACAGCGACCAGUACGUCUUCAUGAACUCCCCGGGGAGGAUGAUCCCGGAGGAGGCGGUGUGCGGAGCAGGCCAGUCACCUGCUGACAUCUUCACCUCCUCCAGCCACACGGUGCCUUCGCCUCUGCGGCACAGCCGGACUGAGAGCUUCCUGAGCCAGCGGUGCCAGCGGGUGGCCCGGCCCAGCCGCCUCUCUUUGGAAACCUUGCGGACGAUGCUGCCCAGCAUGAAUGAGCACCCUCUGCCGCCUGAGCCCAAGAGCCCUGGCGAAUACAUCAACAUCGACUUCGGGGAUGCUGCCGUCUAUUCUCCCCCCUCGCUACCUGCGGACAGCCCGGCUUCCUCCCUGGGCUCUGGCACGGGGCAGAGGCGCUCCCCUCUCUCUGACUACAUGAACAUUGACUUCGGGUCACAGUCUCCUUCCCAGUCGGGCACAGUCUCGGUGGGCUCCCUGGAAGCGCUCUCGCCAGGCUCUUCCUCCAGCACCAGCCAGCCAGACGGGCGUUACAUGAAGGCAGCUGUGGUGGUGGCUUGUUCGUCCAGCCCAUCUGACGGUGGGGAUUACACCGAAAUGACCUUUGGCAUGGCCACUACACCACCCCAGCCCAUUGUUCAGAAGCCAGAAAGUGCCCGGGUCACUAGCCCCACAGCUGGGGUGAAGAGGCUUACCCUCUCUGGAGUGGAAGCUUUCAUUCUCUCUAGCCCUCCCCCAGACCCAAACCGAGGGGCCAAGGUCAUCCGAGCAGAUCCCCAGGGGCGCAGGAGGCACAGCUCGGAAACUUUCUCUUCCACCACCACUGUGACCCCCGUGUCCCCUUCCUUUGCACACAACCCCAAACGGCACAACUCGGCUUCGGUGGAGAAUGUGUCCCUCAGGAAAAGUGAAGGUCUGGAGGAAGAGCAGGGUAGCAGCCCCAUGUGCCGGGAGACCUCGGCUGGCUUCCAGAACGGCCUCAACUACAUCGCCAUUGACGUGGUGGACGGGACCUUGGCAAACUGUGACAAAGCCAGGUUGAAAGCCAGUCGUGUCCUCAACGGGGGCAUCAACGGCGUAGAGAUGAGCACCUAUGCCAGCAUAGACUUUCUGUCUCACAACCUGAAAGAAGCAAGUGCUGUGAAAGGAAGUACAGGAAGAUGGAAAAGAUGAGAGACCCAUCGAUUGCAGAGCAAGCUUUGAACCUAAUUAAGACGAGAGGAUUGUUGAAUGAAAUGUCAGAGUUUGAACUCUUAUACUGAAUUACUUGGAAAGGUUGAGGGAUGAGUGUUACUUGGCUGUUGCUUUUAGUUUUGCUGGGGUCGUUUUCAGGAUCCCUGUGGCUUCACUGAGACUGGUGUGCUGUAGUGCCUGCUCUCCUCGCCCAGCUGUGGGAUUGCAACCCCCAGGCACCGACAAACCAUUGCGCCCCUGGCUUUACAAAAUUGAGUUCUUAAAACUGAGGAGUUUUUCUUGAGCCUCCAAUAGCCCGAACUACAAACUAAGCCUCGUGUUGGGAAAGAGCUACUUCCACAACAUUCCCCAAACUGCUGACCCUACAGCAGGGGGAGGGAGGGCCGGGGGAAGGGAGCAGGCACUGGUUACCGAGAAAACCUGGAGCGGAUGGGACCGCAGUCACCAUCCGGGCAAAAAGCAGGAAUGGAAGAGCAGGCGAUCUUUGAAGGAAGGGGAGCCGACCGCUGGCCUUCCCUUCCAGUAAACAAAAGAACGGUGCAAUAAACAGCUGUGGUAGCGUGGUGCACGGCACAUAGGGGAGAUGGUUCAGCUCUGCUCUAUGUCAAAGGGCGGCUUGCCUUAUUUUAAUAUUUAAUCUGCAUGCAAAUUUAUUUUUCUGCUCUCCCGUAAGCUUUUAAACGCAAACUACAUUAAGAGGUGGUGCGGAGAAGCUCAUAGAGACUUUGUCUCUCUGUAGAAGACGAGUCUGCUAUCUCCACCAUCCUGUUUCCCUGAGUGUGUGCGAUGGAUGCCUCCCAGGCAUGCUCAGGGUUACGGGAUUAAUGCCGCCAAGAUCAAGCUAAGGCUGUAGGGAAAACCGCACACAAACAUCAUCAGUCAGCAGCCUGAAGUGUUAGGUACCAAAAACGAGGUUGCAGGUUCAUUGCACUUGUGGCAGGCAAACUGGAAGAGUCAUAGCAUAGGGAUGGAGAAAUAUACCACAAAGGGCUUUAUUGGUGUAAAUCGAAUGAAGUCAUUAACUUCUUGCAAAUUUCCUAGUUUCUCUUUUGGUUUUCAUUGAGAUUUCACAUCGUUUGUUUACAGAAGGGCCUCUGCCAGUGCUUAAAAAUAUCAACCAAGAAUUGUGCCAGUGUGUUUGAAUUUCAAAGCUUGUGACUUGGGACACUACUAAGCAUUUAAUGCUCUACAGAGGAACACAUAUGCAAUUUAAAGAAAACUGUAUUUUGAGCAUAAGCAAGGUUAUUUUAACACAGGAAUAAUUCAGGUAGAUUUGAGAGAAUCUAAUUUGUCAAAAAUAAUGGUUUACACAUGAAAGCUUAUAUAGAAUUGGCAUUGUUUAAUUAGUUGUUGGCACUUUUUUCACCCAAAUUUUCUUUUUAACUACUAUUAGAAAAGCUUUAUGUUUUCAAAACUUCUCAAAAACCACGUGGGGUUUCUGGCAAUUUUAAAACAAUAGAGAAUUCACAUACAUUUAAUAUUUAGACUAGGAGAAUCUCAGAGAUAUGGGUAAUUACUUUCUCAGUAAGUUGCUAUUUUGAUUUGUGUAAAAUACAUGUUAAAAAGUUAACAGUUUACAUUCUGUGGCAGUAGAUGUCUUUCCUUGUGGAUAAGUGUUUUAAGGGGAGUUACUUGUAUCAUCUAAAGGUAGUUGGUUUUCACGUAUAGCUUGCCUCUGUGAUAUCAGUAACUUGCCUCUGCUGCAGGGAGUGCUGUGCUUUUGGAAAUCUCUGUCCAUAUUAUGCUGUCAUGGCAAGAACAAGCAAGUGCAUCCACAACUGCUGUCAAAAACAGAACAAUUAAAAGAUUGCUUGAAAUUAUCAGUUUGUUUAGUUUUACUGUGUUCUGAAAGUCUGCAAAUAUUUAAGAAUUGGAGAAACACUUUCCUUCAUUUGAUGUGUAAAUAAAAUAAUACUGUUACUGGUUGGUUGAAAGUUGUUACUUGAUGAUAAUUAGCCUUUGUUCUUAAAUUAUGACUGCUUGUUUGCUUAAAAACGUAUGAGCUGUGUAUGGCUUUCAUUAUUUAUGGAAACACACUCAUUUUUCUCAGAGUGCAAAUUAUUUAUUCCAGUAUAUUUAUGACAGAUUAUAUCCGAUAAUGAUGUGACUUUUUAUUGUGGAUCUGAGUUCUAGUGAAGUCAAAUGGGAGCUCUGUGCCUGUUUUGGUAGGGUUAAAGUUUUGCUCUUUAUGUAUAAUCCUGAAAUCCUUAAUUAAAAUUCCCAUUAAAUUUGGUGGUUGUUUAAUAGGGAAUUUUACUUAAUUGAAAACAAUGGAGUUGAGUUUUGUUUUCUUUUCCAUUAAUGAAAUGCUCUGUAACUUAUAAAUGUUUCUAGUAGUUGGUCUAUUUUUCUAAAAUGAACAGAUACUAGUCUCAUGGUGAAAAAACACCCUGAGGGUUGUUUUCCUCCUGUGUUAGCUUCUUAUGUCUUGAUUUAUUUAAAGAAGUCAUCAUCUGUAAUGCAGCUACUUAAGUUCAUAGUAAGGUGAUUUUUGAUAAUAAUGCCCCCUACCUUGUCAAUUAGCUUUUACUUUUGUGAGGGUUUUAUGAUUGUACAUAAACAAUAAAAAGCCUAUUUUAAGAAAUCUCUUCCUGUGUCUUUCUGAUGGCGUUUUAGAUUAUUGAAGACAUCAUGCUAAUUUCUUUCU